CCCAAAGUGGGAUCCCUUCCUUGACGUCUCCCCAUGAUGUCCCCUUCACGCCUGUUGCUCCUUCUACUUUUCCUGACACCCCUGGAGGGUGGGAGCCACACAGCAGAAGACGAUAAUUUAUUGGUCUUCACUGUGGCUACCAAGGAGACUGAAGGUUUCAAGCGUUUCAGACAUUCAGCCCAGGUUUUUAACUACAAUCUCAAGGUCCUGGGGCUCGGCGAAGAAUGGCAUGGCCGAGAGGACCAGAGAAUAGUAGGUGGACAGAAGAUCCGACAUUUGAAAUCGGCUUUGGAAGCCUAUGCAGAUAAAGAAGAUUUAGUGAUCCUUUUCACCGAGAGCUACGACGUCGUCUUUGCUUCGGGGCCCGCGGAAGUCCUGAAGAAGUUCAAGCAGGCCAAGUCGAAAGUCGUCUUCUCCUCAGAGGCGCUCAUCUAUCCAGACCGGAGGCUAGAGGCCAAGUACCCGGCGGUCCAGGAAGGGCAGAGAUUCCUGGGAUCUGGAGGAUUCAUAGGCUACGCUCCGUAUCUCAGUCAGCUGGUGGCCGACUGGCAAGGCCUGGACGGUGAGAGCGACCAGCUGUUUUAUACCAACGUGUUCCUGGACGCUGAAAAGCGGAAGGCCAUCAAUAUCACUUUGGAUCAUAGGUGCCGGAUCUUCCAAAACCUUAACGGUGCUUUAGACCAAGUGGCUCUGAAAUUCGAAAACAGCCAGGUGAGAGUGCGGAAUCUGGCGUUUGACACCCUCCCGGUUGUGAUUCACGGAAACGGACCCACCAAGGUAGGCCAAAUCCCGGCUCCCUGGAACUAG